AUGAGCAAUUUCUAAAAAUACUUGUGCUGGUCUUUUGUUUUAUGCAAGAUUUGAUGCUCUUCUUCGAAUACUAGAUUUUUAGAACAAACUCUACACUCCCUUGGAUCUGGCACGCCGCAAAGAUCAUCAGGUUGUCGUGGAUUACUUGUCCACUAAACAUAAUGCUAAAAGUGCUGAAGAUAUACCUGAGGAGGAGCGUCAAAAGAAUCGCAUGUCAUUCGAGGAGCAACUAGUGCAAGGUAGGAAAAAAAGUCGUCGAGUGUCAUCUGCUGGAUCGCCUGGAACUCUUCCAAAAUCAACAUCCACCAGCGAUUUGCAUAAAGUAGGAAAGGCUAGAGCUCUCGCCGACGAAAGAAUGGAGCAAAUCAUUCGGGAGGAGAUUCAGAAGGCUGCAAUGGCGAAACUUGAGAAAGCAAACAAAGAGGUGGAGAGCAACACGAACACUUCUGUUGAGCGAUCGUCGGAGGAGAAAGCGAGUGAUAAGGAAGAUGGUACUCCUCAUGAUUAUCUUGACAUCGAUGAGGAGUUUGAGGUUAGCACAACUUUUUACUAG